AUGGCUCCUACAAACCCCCGUGCCGACUGGGAAAAGGUUGGUGAUCAGCUGUAUCGCAAGGUCCGUAUCUACGAUGAUGUUUUCGAUGAGGACUUAGAAUUGGAACACUAUAUUGCUGUUGGUGCGCCGUAUGGUGGUGCAAUAGCCCUUUAUCGUGAUGAAAACAAGCUACAGAGAUAUCGCGAUGCACAAACUGCAAAAUCCAGUAUAGACAUCUACUCGUAUUCUGGGCAACGCAUAAGCAGAAUCAAUUGGGAUCAUGGAUCUAUUCGUGGACUCGGCUGGUCUGAGGAUGAAAAGCUCCUAGUCAUCACUGAAGACGGCACCGUGCGAUGUUAUUACGGCUUGAAUGGGGAUUUUUCACCUUUUUCUCUAGGAAAUGUUGCAGAAGAGCAUGGUGUGAAGGAAUGCCGCUUUUGGUCAAGCGGGUUUGUAGCUCUUCUACAAAAUAAUCAACUUAUAUCGGUGGCUAGGUAUGAUGAGCCACGGCCAAAGAUACUUGCAUAUCCGCCAGAAGGCCAGAUCCAUUCAUGGUCCCUAAUUCCACCGAGCUAUACCCUUUCCCGUUCAGUGGAAGUUCUUCUCUCAAUCAAUCAAACCAUCUAUGUGGUAGAUGCUACAGACGCCGAAGAUCGUGUACUGCAAAAUGGUCCCUUUAAGCAUAUUGAUGUCUCCCCAAAUGGCCGCUUCGUUGCAUUGUUCACACAAGAAGGAAAACUCUGGGUUGUUAGUAGUGAUUUUCAAAACAAGUUCAGUGAAUAUGAUUCGGGUGCAAAAACUCCACCUAUAGGGGUCACAUGGUGUGGAAAUGACUCUGUGAUUCUCUCAUGGGAGGAUGAAGUUCAUAAUGUCGGCCCUAAUGGGGCAUCUGCAAGAUAUUUCUAUGACGGCCAUGUUCAUGUUAUUCCUGACCUUGAUGGCGCCAGAUUAUUUACAAAUGAGGCCUGUGAGUUUCUACAGAAGGUUCCAGAAGUAACAGAAGAAGUGUUCCGACUUGGUUCGAACUCACCAGCUGCCGUAUUGCUUGAUUCUGUUGAACAACUUGAAAAGAAAUCACCGGCUGCGGAUGAAAAUGUUCAACGCAUCAGGCAGGACCUUGUGGAGGCAGUGGAUAUCUGCGUUAAGGCGGCCGGGCAGGAGUACAGCGCUUAUUGGCAGAAACAACUACUCAAAGCUGCAUCUUUUGGAAAAUCCAUCCUUGACCUCUAUAACAGUGACGAAUUUGUAGACAUGUGUGAGAGGCUGCGUGUUCUCAAUGCCGUCCGGGAUUAUCGAGUCGGAAUCCCGAUUUCCUAUGACCAGUACAUUCACCUAACACCGGAGAAGCUGAUUCAAAGGCUGGUAAAUCGGCGUGAAUAUCUACUUGCAAUCCGUGUGUCCGAGUACCUGCGACUCUCUGCAGACAAAAUCUACGUCCAUUGGGCUAGCCAAAAGGUAAAAGUAUCCAGCGAGGACGACGAAACAGUUUGCCAUUUAAUAGUCCAGAAACUACGCGGAAAGCAUGGCAUAUCUUUUGAAUCCAUUGCGCAGGCAGCAUUCGAUGAAGGUCGCGCACACUUAGCAACACAACUUCUAAAUUUUGAACCUCGUGCUGGAAAGCAAGUGCCAUUACUCCUAAAUAUGGAGGAAGAUACGGUUGCAUUGGACAAGGCUAUAGAAAGUGGGGACUCGGAUCUCAUUUUUUUUGUGCUAUUUCACUUGAAGCGGAAACUUCCUUUGGCAACAUUCUUCCGGGCGAUAAAUAAUAGACCUGUCGCUGCGGCUCUCGUUGAGGCAUCAGCUUGGGACAAAGACAUGGAUCUAUUGAAAGAUUUAUUUUACCAAGAUGAUAGACCCAUCGACGGGUCGAACUUACUAUUUAAAGAGGCUCUAAGACAGCACACCUUGCAAGAAAAAUUGGACAAGGUGCGGAUUGCAUCCCGACUACUUUCCGAUGCAAAAGACCCCAGUGUUCAGUUGCACUUAAAAUCAAUGACUGAAGCCUCUCAGCUCCUGAAAAUCCAGGAGGGACUGGACAAGGAUUUGUCUGACGGAGCCAAAUUCGUGGGGCUAAGUUUAAAUGAGACUAUAUACAGGCUGAUUCGAUCCGGCUACGGAAAACGCGCCAGCAAGAUUCAAAAUGAAUUUAAGGUAUCAGACAAAACUUAUUGGUGGCUCAGGUUGCGGGGGCUGGUCGCCAAACGAGACUGGGGCGAGCUUGAAGACCUAGGCAAAGCCAAAAAGUCUCCAAUUGGAUGGGAGCCAUUUUUCAACGAAAUCCUUGGCGCCGGAAACACGAAGCUGGCGUCCACGUUUAUUGCUAAGUGUACUUCGCUGAAUACCUCCGAGAGGAUCGAAAUGUGGAUGAAAUGUGGGAUGCCAGUCAAGGCUGGAGAGGAGGCCCUCAAAGCGAAAGAUAUUGGUAGUCUUGAACGGCUCAGGAACCGAGCUACUGGGAAUGCGGUGAUGGAGAUAGACCGCAUGAUUUCCCAACUCAGGCCUAAAAAAUGA